AUGUCGUCCAAAGCAAUUUACGAAGCCACAGGCAAAGAUCUCAUCAACAGGCACAUAGCGUCAGGCACCGCCUUGGCACCGUGCCGUUUCGCCACCUUCGAACAAGGCACCGUGUGGGAGGACGAACUCGGCAAGAACCCAUGGCUUUCCAAAGAGCAACUGGUCGUGAAACCGGACCAGUUGAUCAAGCGCCGUGGUAAACUCGGCCUAGUGGGCGUGAACAAAACUGCGUCAGAAGUGAGGAGAUGGCUCGGGGAGCACAUGGGCAAGGAGCAACAAGUGGGCGCAGCCAACGGGAAGCUGAGGCACUUCAUUAUUGAGCCUUUCGUUAAACAUGAGCCAAAUGAAGAGAUGUACAUCUGCAUCCAAUCCGGUCGCAGAUCGGACACUAUCCUGUUCCACCACCAGGGGGGAGUCGACGUCGGUGAUGUGGACGCACUCGCCGUACGAUUGGAGGUGCCAGUGGACACUUUCCCUACUGGAGAAGAUAUUGAACGUGUCUUACUAAAAAACGUCAAAUCUGCUUCAGUAAAAAGGAUUUUGACCACUUUCAUAGUGGCCUUAUACCACGUUUACGUAGACCUGUACUUCACUUACAUGGAGAUCAACCCCAUAGUAGUGACCAACGAACGCAUAUACCUCCUUGACUUGGCUGCUAAGCUGGAUCAGACGGCUGACUUCAUAUGUGCUAAGGCUUGGGGUGAAGUUAGCUUCCCACCCCCUUUUGGAAGGGAUGCUUACCCCGAAGAAGCCCACAUAGCCGAUUUAGAUGCGAAAAGUGGCGCUAGUCUUAAGCUGACCGUCCUUAACAAAUCCGGUCGUAUAUGGACCAUGGUAGCCGGAGGUGGUGCUUCAGUAGUAUACACUGAUACUAUAUGUGAAUUGGGUGGUGCCGGAGAGUUGGCCAACUAUGGAGAAUAUUCUGGAGCACCUACUGAGGGACAGACAGCUGAUUAUGCUAAAACUAUAUUCAGUUUGAUGUGCAGAGAGAAACACCCGAAUGGAAAGGUUCUAAUCAUUGGCGGUGGCAUAGCCAACUUCACAAACGUGGCUGAUACGUUCCGUGGCAUCAUUACCGCCAUUGAGACUUACAAAGACGCCUUACUUCAGUACAACGUGACUAUUUUCGUGAGACGAGGCGGUCCUAACUAUCAAGAGGGACUCAGACAAAUGCGUGAAGUGGGACACCGUCUCCGCAUCCCGCUGUACGUAUUCGGACCGGAAGCGGACAUGACCUCCAUAGUGGGUCUAGCUUUGGGCCAUUCCCCCAUUCCACAGGAACAUCGUUUGGACUACGCUCCUAAGCAACUGCCGAAGCCGCAGACACCGCCAAAGCCAAAACUGGACAUCCCCGAGCUGACCCACAAACUCCUGGACCUGGUUUGCUCAGAAGCCCCCACCAGAUUCGAUCUUGGACAGCAGAUCAACUCUAAACCCUUGUUCAGUGAUCGCACCAAAGCUAUCAUAUGGGGCAUGCAGAACCGAGCGAUACAGGGAAUGUUGGACUUUGACUAUAUAUGCCGUCGCGCGGAACCGUCCGUGGUGGCCAUAGUCUACCCGUUCACCGCUGACCAUAAACAGAAGUACUACUUCGGCAACAAGGAGGUGUUCAUACCCGUGUUCUCGGAUAUGGACGUGGCCAUGCGCAAACACCAGGAGGCCAGCGUUCUUGUGAACUUUGCAUCGCUUCGAUCGGCUUACGACAGCACUAUGCAGGCGAUGCAGCAUCCUCAGAUCAACACAGUCGUCAUCAUCGCCGAAGGUAUCCCGGAGAACAUGACCAGGAAGAUCAUCAAAGUGGCUGACGCGAGAGGGGUAAACAUCAUCGGUCCGGCCACGGUCGGUGGAAUCAAACCAGGUUGCUUCAAGAUCGGCAACACUGCGGGAAUGAUCGACAAUAUUGUGGAUAGCAAACUCUACAGGCCUGGCAGUGUGGCUUACGUGUCCCGUUCUGGCGGUAUGAGCAACGAGCUUAACAAUAUAUUGGCGAAACACGCGGACGGCGUGUGUGAAGGAGUAGCCAUAGGGGGAGAUCGCUACCCUGGAACUACCUUCAUAGACCAUCUGUUGAGAUUCGAAGCUGAUCCCAACGUCAAAAUGCUGGUAUUGCUCGGUGAAGUGGGAGGUGUAGAAGAAUACCAUGUGUGCCGAGCGAUCAGAGACGGUCUCAUCAAGAAACCUAUGGUGGCCUGGUGUAUUGGAACCUGUUCAGACAUGUUCACGUCGGAAGUACAGUUCGGUCAUGCGGGCUCUCUCGCCGGCUCCGCCCUAGAAAAGGCGGCGGCGAAGAACGCCGGGCUCAAAGCUUAUGGUGUGGCUGUACCGAACUCAUUUGAUAGUCUGGGAUCUGCCGUUAAAGAGGUGUACCAGAAGCUAGUGAAGGCAGGUCGCAUCAUCGUGAAGGAAGAAGUGGAACCACCCAAAGUUCCGAUGGACUACGACUGGGCGAGGAAACUGGGUCUAAUCCGCAAACCGGCCGCGUUCAUAAGCACCAUAUGCGACGAGCGAGGCCAGGAGCUGAGCUACUGCGGCGUGCCCAUCACUCAAGUGCUGGAGAGGCAGCUGGGGGUCGGCGGAACUAUCAGCUUGUUGUGGUUCCAACGCGAGCUCCCCGAAUGGGCCUGCAAGUUCUUCGAACUAGUCCUCAUAGUGACUGCUGACCACGGGCCCGCCGUUUCCGGGGCCCACAACACCAUGGUCACGGCAAGAGCCGGGAAGGACCUCAUAUCCAGUGUGGUCAGCGGACUGCUUACAAUCGGCGACAGAUUCGGCGGAGCUUUGGACAGGGCGGCUGCAGACUUCUGCGCGGCUUACGACAAAGGGCAGCAUCCUCAGGAGUUCGUCAACGAGAAGAGGGCUAAGGGAGAACUCAUCAUGGGCAUUGGACAUAGGUACGAGCCGAUUUUAUUUAUAUAA